AUGGAAUCCCUCAAGACCUUGUUGGUUGCCAAUCGCGGUGAAAUCGCCGUGAGGAUCUCGAAAACUGCAAAGAAACUGGGCAUUCGAACUAUUGCAAUAUACACCGAACCCGACGCUGCCUCUACUCAUGUGCAUCUCGCGGACGAGGCAGUGUUGCUCUUUGGACCUCCUUCCACAGCCUAUAUAGAUGGUGACCAAAUCGUGGCUAUUGCCAAGAAAUAUCAAGUCGAUGCAAUCAUUCCCGGUUAUGGUUUCCUUUCAGAGAAUGCAGCUUUUGCCAGGGCUGUGAGCGAGGCGGGAAUCGUCUUUGUCGGCCCUUCGCCAGAGAGCAUUGAAGCGUUUGGUCUGAAGCACACUGCUCGAGAGCUGGCUACAAAGGCCGGGGUCCCCAUAGUUCCCGGGACCCAGAGCCUCGUUCAAACGGAAGACGAAGCGCUGGAGGCCUCCCGGAAAUUAGGAUUCCCGGUGAUGCUCAAAGCUACGGCUGGCGGAGGUGGUAUGGGCUUGUUGACCUGUCAGAAUGAAGACGAAGUCCAGCAAUCUUUUGCUACCGUAAGAUCCAGAGGUGAGACUCUGUUCAAGAAUGCGGGGGUGUUUGUCGAACGCUACUAUCCGUCCAGCCACCAUAUCGAAUUGCAAGUUUUUGGCAACGGAGAUGGAAAAGCCAUUCACUUUGGCGAGCGCGAGUGUUCUAUCCAGAGAAGACAUCAGAAGGUCAUUGAAGAGUGCCCCAGUCCGUUUUUGGUGAAACAUCCAGAACUGCGACAGAAACUGGCAGACGCGGCGGUUCGUCUGGCUGAAUCUAUUCACUAUGGAUCCGCUGGGACAGUUGAAUACCUGGUCGAUGAUGAUACUGGUGACUUCUUCUUCCUAGAGAUGAAUACACGCCUGCAAGUCGAGCAUGGUAUCACUGAAUUGUGUUACGGCGUUGAUCUAGUGGAAUUGAUGCUCAAACAAGCCGAUGCUCAACGCUCGGGGAGGAAGGGGCUAGAUGCCUCGUACCUGGAGAAACUCCAGGCUAUCACGCCCUCCGGGGCAGCUAUCGAGGCACGAGUCUACGCUGAGAACCCAGUAAAAGACUUCGCACCUACCUCGGGAACGCUUCAGAGUGUGGAGUGGAAGGAACUUCCGGGAUCACGAUUUGAUACAUGGGUCUAUACCGGCACCAAAGUGUCGGCUAAUUAUGGUAGGAUGAUCCCUGAAGAUCUAAUGUACAGUACAUUGUCAUUCAAUGCUGAUGCCAAAACGGUUGCCGGACUGCAAACGAUUCUCACGGAGUCUCGUAUAUGUGGCCCACCAACCAACCUUGAUUUCCUAGCUGCAAUUCUUCGGGAUGAGACUUUUAUCGCCGGCAAAACUUUGACCAGGUUCUUGAACAACUUCGAGUUCAGGCCCGCGACCAUUGAUGUUUUGAGCGGCGGCGCCUACACUCUUAUCGAAGACUGGCCUGGAAGACCAACAAUUGGCCGGGGCUUCUGUCAUUCUGGUCCCAUGGACCCGUUGGCAUUUCGCAUUGCAAAUGCCUUGGUGGGCAACCCUGUUGGUACAGAGGCAUUGGAGAUCACUCUCAGUGGACCAGACCUGCGGUUCCUGGCCCCAGCCGUAAUUUCUCUUUGCGGUGCUCCCAUGGAGGCUAAACUGGACAACACAAGUAUUCCCAUGUGGUCCCGAAUUUAUGUAUCCGCUGGUCAACGCUUGACUAUCGGAAAGACCACUGAAGGAGGAUGCCGCGCGUAUCUAGCUGUAUGGGGUGGCUUCCCUAAUGUCGCCAAGUGGUUUGGUUCCAAGUCAACAGCUCCAAUGGUGGGUGUUGGCGGAUACCAAGGUCGACAGCUUGCUUCAGGGGAUCUUCUAGCUAUCACAGAUCACCUACCUGAGGGAAAAAGGGAGCUCUCUAUCCCUAAAAGGCUCAUCCCCAAGUACCCGUCUGAAUGGGAGCUUCUUGCAAUGCCCGGGCCUUACGAUGAAGGUUAUAUUACUCCAGAGAGCAUUGACACGUUGUGGGGAGCGACGUGGACCGUCUCACACAACGCAGUUCGAGGCGGCAUCCGUCUUAUCGGCCCGAAACCUAUAUGGAGUCGCUCAGAUGGAGGAGAAGGCGGCUCACACCCGUCGAACGUGAUCGAGUACGGGUAUCCUAUGGGAGCGUUGAAUUGGACCGGUGAUGACCCUGUUAUCUUUCCGGUGGACGCGCCUGAUUUCGGCGGGUUUGUAUGUAGUCAAACCGUGGUCAAGGCGAGCUUCUGGCAACUGGGGCAAAUCAAAGCCGGAGACACGGUGAAGUUUAGACGUGUAUCGCUGGAAAGUGCGCUUUCUGCCCGCCGGGAUGUCGAAACGUUUGUCGAUCGAAUAGUCCAGGGUUGCGCUGAUGGGAAUUUCGAUCAUAUUAUACCGUUGAAGGAGGAACUUCCACCUGAAUUGAAGAGAGAAGAGGGUGGGCCUGCUCUGGUGCAUCAGAUCCCAGAGCAGGAGGACGGCAAACAGCCACUUGUUUCGUAUAGACAGGGAGGGGAUGACUAUUUAUUGAUUGACUACGGCCAUGGAUCGUUUGAUCUUAACUAUCGCUGCAGAACUACGGCUCUCAUCAAAGUUUUGAAAGAAGGAACCGGAGAUAUCUCUUUUUCAUCUGGACUAAUAUCAACAGUCGGCUGUGGAAACUCACUUAUGCUCUACUACGAUGGUCUGAAGAUUCCGCAACACAAGCUCAUAGACUACCUUUGUAUGCUGGAAAGCAAGAUUGGUGACUUGACCGAAGCAAAGGUGCCCAGCCGCCGGUUCCGACUACCGAUUACCUUUGAAAGCAAGAGGCAGAAAGAAGCGCUGCAACGGUAUAUGGAGACUCAGCGGCCGUAUGCCUCGUACCUCCCCGACAAUCUGGAAUUUGUUGCCAAAAAUAAUGCCUUUACCCGAGAGGAGGUGGAGAACAUCUUCUUGACGGUGAGCCUGAUGGUGAUCUCUGUGGGAUUUUUUACCGCUCUGCCCCUUGGGCUUCCCGUCGAUCCCCGGCAGCGGAUGAACUGCCCGAAGAUGAAUCCCAGCCGGGUAUACACACCAGCUGGAUCGGUCUCCUGGGGAGGAAGCUGCAUGGCAAUAUAUAAUGUCGACUCUCCCGGGGGAUAUCAACUGACGGGGAUGACCAUUCCCGGGGUGGACAUUCUUGGGUCCAAAAAGGGCUACAGCCAGGAGAAGCCGUGGUUGUUUGAAGACUUCGACCAGAUCACGUUUUACCGUGUUUCCGAGGAGGAAUACGAGAGACAGCUGGCCCUGUUCAACAGCGGGCGGUACGAGUAUGAGUGGGAAGAAGUCGUCUUCGACAUGGCGGAGCACAACAAGCUCCUUCGCGAGACCAGGGACGAGGUCGACGCAAUCCGAGCGCGGCAGCGGAAGGCGCAGGCCGAGAUGGAAAGGCUUGAAGCCGAGCUGCUGGCGCGCUGGGAGAAGGAGAAGGCGGCUAAUAGCGUCUCUGUGGACACGAUCGAAGCUCUGUUGCAAGACCCCGAAAUCAUCCCCAUCGAAGCCCCUCUCAACGCCAACGUAUGGAAAGUUCAAAUCCAGGAAGGCGAUCCGAUCGGCAAAGAUCAGGUCGUCGUCAUUCUCGAAGCCAUGAAACUGGAGAUUGCCGUGCGGACAGAGGAACAAGGCAGCAACGCCGUGGUGGAAAAGGUCCUUGUCAAGCCGAAUGAUGUCGUCCAGGCUGGGCAGCCAUUGAUUCUGGUUCGGAAGAAGAAGUAA